AUGGGCCUGGAACUCCCUCCUGUGUUGGGAUUAGGUCUUGGGGGACCUGGGGUGGAGUUAGACUGCUCGCUUAUUUUCAUAUUCAUUAGAAAUGGGAGGUUGCACAAGAAGUCCUGCUGAGCUUCAAGAUAUAAGAGCAACUUCGGGUUCCCCUUUCAAGACAAGACAAAUCAAAGGCUCAGAGGCAAAACAGCUCUCUAAGAGCUGAACGCCUCUUCCUCCCUCCCUCCUUCCUUCCCUCCCAUCCACUCACUCUCCCUGCCUUGCUCACAGUCCAGCCUCUGUCUAGGGAAGAGGCUCUCAAGCAGCCUUAGAUGAUUAUGGAUUUUCUGAGCGAGAAGUUUGCCCUGAAGAGCCAGCCGAGCAAGAACAGUGACUUUUAUAUGGGAGCAGGAGGCAGUUUGGAGCACGUUAUGGAAACUUUGGACAAUGAGUCCUUUUAUAGCAAAACGUCAGGCAGCAAAUGCGUACAGGCCUUCAACCCUCUGCAAAGAGCUGAGCAUCAUGUGAGGCUGGAGAGGACAUCACCCUGCCAGGACAGCAACGUGAACUACGGGAUUACUAAAGUGGAAGGACAGCCUCUGCACACAGAGCUGAGCAGGCCCAUGGACAAUUGCAACAAUCUCAGGAUGUCUCCAGUGAAAGGGCUGCAGGAGAAGGGGGACCUGGAUGAACUUGGUGAUAAGUGUGACAGCAAUGUCUCCAGCAGUAAGAAGAGGAGACACAGAACAACUUUCACCAGUUUGCAGCUGGAGGAACUGGAGAAAGUAUUCCAGAAAACUCACUACCCCGAUGUCUAUGUAAGAGAACAGCUAGCUCUGAGAACAGAGCUCACUGAGGCCAGAGUCCAGGUUUGGUUCCAGAAUAGAAGAGCAAAAUGGAGAAAAAGAGAACGCUAUGGUCAGAUCCAGCAGGCCAAGAGCCACUUUGCUGCCACCUAUGAUAUAUCUGUUCUUCCAAGGACUGACAGCUACCCUCAGAUUCAGAACAAUCUGUGGGCAGGGAAUGCGGCCAGUGGUUCUGUGGUUACCUCCUGCAUGCUGCCACGAGAUACAUCCUCCUGUAUGACACCUUACUCCCAUUCACCCCGGACAGAUUCUGGCUACACAGGCUUUUCAAACCACCAGAAUCAAUUUAGCCACAUGCCCCUCAAUAAUUUUUUCACUGACUCGUUGCUUUCUGGGGCAACCAAUGGACAUGCUUUUGAAACCAAGCCAGAGUUUGAAAGGAGGUCCUCCAGCAUUGCAGUUCUACGGAUGAAAGCCAAAGAGCAUGCUGCCAAUAUUUCUUGGGCCAUGUAAUAUAGCAGUACUCUCUCUCAAUUUUUUUUUUUUUUUUUUAAAGCAAACUAAAACCAUUUUUAUUUUCCAUAUUUAAAGGGAACAACAAUAAGCUGCUAUGUGUGGAAUGCUAGAAAUCACAAUAUACACGAUGUCUGCUUUAAGAAAUGCAAUAUAAUAUUUAACAAUAAACCAAGAAUAAACCAAAUAGAUUUACCAUGCAUCAAGCUCAACAAGCCCUCUUUGUUUUGCUUUUUAUAUAUGUUUUGUUGUACCAGUUGAUGAAAUAUGAUUAUAGAACCUGAAAAAAAAAAUAAAACUACUAAGCAAAUGUG